UGGGCGCUGGUGCCUUGAGCAGGCAGAGAUUGGGAGGCCCCUUUCCAUUGCCUCUCAUUGGGUUCAUGCUGGCAGGGAUUUACUGGAGUAGCUGUGCACGUCGAGCGACCCGCUGUCCAAACCCCCCAUUUCAACGAUAAUUAAGGAAGGCAGCUGAGGAAAAUUCUCCAUGAAUGUACGUCACAAUGAUGAUGACCGACCAAAUCCCACUGGAGCUGCCACCCUUGCUGAAUGGGGAGGUGGCAAUGAUGCCACAUAUAGUGAACGGAGAUGGUUCGCAGCAGGUCAUACUAGUUCAGGUUAACCCAGGAGAAACCUUCACAAUAAGAGCAGAAGAUGGGACUCUGCAGUGCAUCCCAGGUCCUGCAGAGGUUCCUAUGAUGUCUCCUAAUGGAUCCAUCCCCCCAAUACAUGUUCCUCCUGGUUAUAUCUCACAGGUGAUGGAGGAUAGCACAGGGGUUCGGCGAGUAGUGGUUACACCCCAAUCUCCAGAUUGUUACCCUCCCAGUUAUCCUUCAGCCAUCUCUCCAACUCACCAUUUACCUCCUUACCUUGCGCAUCAUCCACAUUUUCUUCAUAACUCGCAUUCCCCGUUCUACCCGCCAGUUACUGGCCCAGGAGAAAUCCACCCCCAGUUCUUCCCUCAUCAUCUUCCGCAUACAAUAUAUGGAGAGCAAGAAAUUAUACCACUGUACGGGAUGUCCAGCUACAUCACACGAGAAGACCAGUAUUGUAAGCCACACCACAAAAAACUUAAAGAAAGACAAAUAGACAGACAAAAUGGACUGAACAGUCCACCAUCCACUCUCUACAAAAACCACCUGGGGAACUGUACGACAGUUUUCAAUGGCAACGGGAAAGUUUAUAAUGGGGCUGGCUGCGGAGGAGUUGGUGGAGUAACGGGAUUGAAGAAGAUAGAGCGGAGAGCGAGGAGCAGUCCAAAGUCGAAUGAACAAGAUGGUCAAGAGUAUGAAUCAGAAGCAAAGAAAACAAAUGAAGUCCUUUCAGGGAUCGAGAAGCUUAUGAUUUCCAAUAUUCAGUCAAAAUCAGCUCUAGUCACGUGGUCUCCUCCGAAUGGUUAUCCAAGUGGGGAAAAGCACAGUAAUGGCCUCCCUUAUGCCUGUAGUUAUGAGGUUGCCUUAUCAGACAAAGGGAGAGAUGGAAAGUACAAGAUUGUUUACAGCGGAGAGGAAUUAGAAUGUCAUUUGAAAGACCUUAGACCAGCAACAGAUUAUCACGUCAGAGUAUAUGCAAUGAAUAAGUCAGUAAAGGGAUCGUGUUCAGAGCCCAUCAGCUUCACUACUCAUAGCUGUGCUCCUGAAUGUCCCUUCCCACCUAAACUAUCUCACAGAAGUAAAAGCUCAUUGACGUUACAAUGGAAGGCACCAAUCGAUAACGGUUCAAAAAUCACCAGCUACAUUUUACAGUGGUAUGAGGGAAAAAGAAGUACUGUAUUUAAAGAAUGUUAUAUGGGAAGUCAAAGGCACUACAAGCUUACAAAACUAUGUCCAGCCGUGGGGUAUACCUUCAGAGUGGCAGCAUGCAACGACAUUGGCAAAAGUGAAUACAGCCAAGAAGUUGUUUAUUACACAUCAGGCAACAUCCCUCAGACGCCAUCUGCACCAAAGCUGAUCCGAGCUGGAAUAACAUGGAUAACGCUGCAAUGGAUGAAGCCAGAAGGAUGUUUCCCAGAUGAGGUGGUUUCUUACACCCUGGAGAUUCAGGAGGAUAACGACAGUGUAUUUCAACCAACGUACACUGGAGAAGAAUUAACAUGUACUGUGAAUAACCUCCAAAGAAGCACUCAGUAUAAAUUUAGGCUUAUCGCCUCUAAUGUUGAAGGAAGUAGCAGCCCCAGUGAAAUUUUGGUCUGCACGACAAGUCCAGAUAGGCCCGGACCUCCUUCUCAACCUGUCGUGAAUGGGCUUGUCACUGCACAUGGAUUCACUGUUGAGUGGGAUCCUCCUGAAGACAGUGGUGGCUCUGAAAUUCUGAAAUACUUACUGGAAAUUUCGGAAGGGACUUUUGAAGCAAAUCAAUGGAAGGUGGCAUACAGUGGGUCUGCAACAGACUAUACAUUUAAAGACUUAAAACCAGGCACUUUAUACAAACUUCGCGUCUGCUCCAUCAGCACAGGUGGACACAGCCAGUGCUCUGAAAGUCAGCCUAUUGGCACAUUAAGUGUAGCACCUGGUCCAUGCCAACCGCCAAGAGUUGUAGGCAAACCAAAGCAUAAAGAAGUACAGUUACAAUGGGAUGCCCCUGUAACAGAGUCAGGAUGCCCAGUGAUAGAGUAUAACUUAGAGCUCUCUGUGCCUGGAGGAGAGGACAUUGAAGUGUAUCGCGGUCAAGACAUGGAGUGUACAGUCAGUGAUCUUCUUCCUGGAACAACGUAUCAUUUCAGAGUACGAGCCAGGAAUGAUGGAGGAUAUGGGCCUUAUUCAGACGUCGCUGAAAUCACAACAGCAGCUGGACCACCCACACAGUGCAGGCAACCAGCUCUGACGUUCCUGUCCGACACGUCAGUACUUAUAAGCUGGGAGGGCUCUGAGCGCAAUGGCGCAGAUAUCUCUGCGUACAGACUGCACUGGGCGAAGGAAGACGAGACCUCAGAGUUAGUUUACAGUGGCACAGAUACCAGCUUUCAAAUAGCUAAUCUCUUGCCAGCCACACAAUACUGCUGCAGACUUCAGGCGGUAAAUUUGUCUGGAGUUGGACCUUUCAGUGAUAUUGUGAGCUGCAGAACACCAGCAUCUGCACCUGAUGCAGUAUCUAACCUUUACGUGAUGGAUGAUGCACAUUUAGAAAACUGCACAAUCCUAACCUCAGUGCGCCUCUUGCUGUGCUGGGAAGAACCAUGCAACAAUGGAUCAGACAUUAUUUCUUACAACAUUGACCUGGGAAAUAUCAGCAUCUCGGUUGGGAACAUAACAAGUUACGUCAUUGAGGAUCUGCAACCAGAAGCGUGCUAUCAAAUCCGAAUCCAGGCGGUGAAUGAAAUAGGAGCUGGACCUUUCAGUCAUUUAAUCAAUGUAAAAACUAGUCCGUUACCACCAUUGCCUCCACGGUUAGAGUGUGCAGCUGCUGGACCUCAGAGCUUGAAAUUAAAAUGGGGCGAAGCUAGCACAAAAUCCCAAGCUUCAGACGAUCUCAUGUUCAUCCUUCAAAUCGAAGACAAAAACAAAAGGUUUCUUCCUAUCUAUCGUGGACCAAGCCACACCUAUAAGGUACAUAGGCUGACGGAAUGCACAUAUUAUAGCUUCCGAAUACAGGCGGUCAGUGACGCAGGUGAAGGACCAUAUUCGGAUAUCUAUACAUUCAGCACAACCAAAUCUGUUCCUCCAACUAUCAAAGCUCCUCGGGUAACUCAGUUGGAAGGAAGCGCAUGUGAAAUCACAUGGGAGUCUGUACUUCCCAUGAAAGGAGAUCCCAUCGGCUAUAUUUUACAGAUACAAGUUGGACGAGAGUCUGAAUACAAGCAGAUAUACAAAGGGGAAGACUCCUCAUUUCAAAUCUCAGGUCUUCAAAACAACACAGAAUACAGAUUUAGAGUGUGCGUAUGCCGUCGAUGUCUGGAUACUUCACAGGAGCUGUGUGGAUCAUUUAGCCCAUCUGUAUCGUUCACCAUGAGACGGAAUGACCUCAUGCUUCCUGGGGAUAUAUCAAAUCUCGAACGUACAAAAUUAAAUAGCAUGGUGCCUAAUGACGAACAGUUUGCAAUACUCAUCGUUUUAGGCUUUGCUACAUUGUCGGUUCUGUUUGCCUUUAUACUACAGUACUUCUUUAUGAAGUAAACAUCCAACAAAGUUAAAACUCAAAACGUUAACUAAUGCUACGCAUUAUACUCCAGACACUUAUCCAAAUAUUCAUUUUACAAGAAAUACAGACAUUUUUGUUUUCUACAUUUUAUAUUCAUGUUUUUUUACUGUUUUGGUUAGAUGAAUUUUCAAUUUUUUUUUGAUGCACCUUUUUUUGAGAUGGAAAAUGUAUAAUGCCAUUACUUGCUACCAAGGCCUGUAGUGUAGCAGAACAGCUUUGUUUUCUCUGAGCACUUGGAGAAUAGAGGGUUA